UUUAACAACAAUAUCAUAUUAACUAAAGCAGUAGAACAACAAAACACACAAGAAAACAACAAAUACAUUGACCGACAAAACCCCAUAAAGGACAUAUGCGAGCAAGUUUCACAUAAGGAGCUAAGUUGCUGGACUUUGAAACAAGAGGCGAAACCGGACGUCGCUUUGAGCCUACACAAUCCACCCUUCAACCUACAACAACUAAGGUCAAAUUAGGACCCUUUAAAAACAUGGUACUAUUUAUUACGGAGUAUUUAAGUAGAGUGGUUAAAAAUACACAAGUCAAACCCGCUUUCCUUUUACUCUCCCUCCCCAUCAACACCUACCAAUGAACCCCACAAUCACCCCCGCACCAACAACCGAAGAAGAGCUACAACAACUAAGAUCAUCCCUUCCAAAAGAACUAUGGUUCAAUUCUUACCCUAUGUAUUUCUACCAAAAUUGUUGGAAUAUAAUUCUUGAUUCCACCAUUUCUUGUCAAAAUCAUUUUCAAGCCCAAGAUUCUGAUAUUUUCAUUGCUAGCAUCCCAAAAACUGGCACAACGUGGCUCAAAUCCUUGAUUUUCGCCAUUUUUAACAGAAAUAAUUACCGGAUUUCUGAAAACCCUUUACUUAAACACAACCCCCAUGAAUUAAUUCCUCAAUUAGAGUCCAUAAUUUAUGCUAAUCCACAAAACCCAGAUCUCAAAACCCUAGAGAAAAAGCUAGAUUACCCUAGAAUUUUAGGCACCCAUCUUCCAAUUCAAUCACUACCCACUUCAAUUAAGACCUCUAAUUGCAAGAUUAUAUACAUUUGCAGGAACCCAUUUGACACUUUUGUAUCAUCUUGGUUAUUUUACUUGAACUAUGAUGAGAAUGAGAGUGUAAAAAGUAAUAUGAUUGAUGAAUAUUUUGGUAAGUUUUGUGAAGGGAAAUUCCCAUUUGGCCCUUUUGAGGAUCAUGUAUUGGGGUAUUGGAAACAGAGUUUGGAGGAAUCAGGGAAGGUUUUGUUUGUAAAAUUUGAAGAUUUGAAGGAUGAUCCUAAGGGUCAAUUGAAGAAAUUGGGGGAAUUUGUCGGGUAUCCGUUUACGAGUGAGGAAGAACAAGAUGGUAAAAUUGAUGAGAUUAUGAAGUUGUGUAGUAUUGAGAAGUUGAAAGAAGUGGAGGCUAAUAAAAAUGGAAGAGUUUAUUCUUUUAUUGAGAAUAAGUGGUUUUUUAGGAAAGGCGAAGUUGGUGAUUGGGUUAAUUACUUGAGUCCUACAAUGGUGGAAAGGUUUGAGAAAAUAAUGGAUGAGAAAUGCUGUAAUGGAUUGAAAUUAUGAUUGAUUACGUUUUGUUUUGCAUCAUUUUUUGGUAAUUGGAAUGAUAUGAUGAUGUAUAUGUUGGCUUUUUGCUUUGUGUUAUACUUAUGCCUGUAUUAUGUACUUUAAUCAAAUAUGUAUUGAUGCUCAAUUAUAUAAAUUGGUACGAGUAAUGGAGUAUUGAAGGUUUGC